AUGAUGAAUAAUACAUACAAAUAUGAUGAGCCGUAUUCAUGCACAUUAACAACGUACGAAGGAAGCUUCGGAGUUUACAAUUCCUGUGUAGAAUACGAAAAGGAGCAGUUAAGAAAUUUCAACCAGCAGAUAGUAAAAAAUGUAAUCAUUGAGAUUUUGCUACUUGAGUACCUGAAGAGGGCAACCAAAGGAGAAUUGAAUGGUGGGCGUUAUAACCACGCAAAACUGCUCAGUAGGAACAACGUACAUGUGAGGAAGAGGAACGAUGAGAAGAACUCGCAAAGGGGCUUUCCUCCCAAUCGUCAUACGGUAUAUCUGAAUGAAGAAUGCACCAAUCAUGGGGGGGAUUACCAAACAUACGGGUGGCGUGCAAAAGAUGGACAAAUUGACACUCCGAAGGGGAGAAAAAAUGUAAUGGUGGAAGGAUGCGUGGUACACAGGAAGAGCAAAAAAACGAAAAAAAAAUAUUAUAAUAAAGGGAUAAAGAAAAAAAGGCAUAUUGCAAGGAGGAAGGGCAGGAAAGAAGACCAAAAUGGAGGCAGCAAUACCAUUGGAAGUGACAGUCCCCGUUGCGCGCGAUUGGAAAAGGGUGAAAGGGAGGCAUCUAUGGGGCUUUAUAAUGAAGGCCGUUCUACACCGAACGAGCUAAUAAAUAACUAUGUCUGUGAGGAAAAGGCUUUUUCUGAAAUUACAAAAAGUGUAGAAAAUAUUUCGUACCAUCUGGUACAAAGCAGAAGACUCUCCUCGAUUGAGCAUACCGUUUUAAAUGAUAUAACGACAUUUACAACCCGUUUGGCGCACUCCAUCUGUUCAUUGCACAAAAUGAUGAAGGACAUUUUUUUGAGCUCAUUUUUUCCGAAAGGAGUCGAGAAGCAUUCAUACCAUUUGACCUACAAUUUGCUCUGCUGUGGUGAUAACCCUGUGUCGUUGUUCAUAUUGGGGGAAGUGACCCAUGGUAGAAACCAUCUUCCCACGGAGGGCAAGACAACGAGAAGUCAUUUUUUAAAUACCCUCAUUAAUUAUUUCCAGUCGGUUCACAAAUCUAGCGACUUGUACGAGUUGGUAAAUGAAACAAACUUUGUAUCGCAGCAAAUGUGUAAAAAAGUGUAUGCCUGUGUGAAGAAAAACGAUGAAGGAGACAAAACCAGUGUGUCAGCAUACGAAAUGAUGAUAAUAGUUUAUCAUUUGGCUACAUCGGAGAAGGGUAACACAAUCCUUGGAGGCAUUUUCCCCCAACGCAUUCAUUUGGAUAAACCCCUUUUUAGGGCAACAAUUGAAAACAUUUUGCUCAAGAAGGAAACGAAAAGUUGUACUGUUAAAUCGAAUCAGCGUUCUUCUCAUCGUGACGUUGUCAGCUGUGAUGAUGUUUGUUUCGAAAUAAAUUUCCAAUCAGAGCAUCUUUUGUUUAUCCCCAUUUUUAUUAACAAUUGGGAAAUGAGGAAACGUGCCUCUGCUAUGUUUAAACGGAUAUGCCAUGUUGACCGCAAAUUUGAUUACGUCUUUUGGGGGCAUAUUCCCCAUCUGUACAAAAUCAUGUGUGAUGAAAUGCGUUAUGAAAAGGGUUGCUUUGCGAAGGGUUCGAAAGCGUGUUCGUCAUGUGCCUCUGCCCCUUUUAGGGAUACUUUUUGGAGAAGACAAACACGAGGAAGAAUGAACUUCUUCAGCUUUGUGCCAUUUUUAAGUAAACGUGUAGCUAGGCGAAUUAGAAAAAGUUGCGAUUUUUACUGUUUGUACAGAAGGAGAAAUUGGAAAACGAAAUGUAGAGACGAAGCCCUAUUGAGAAAACCCCAAAAGGAAAAAGUAAAUCAUCUGUAUUGUGCGCAUAAUGGAAGAGGUCAGGGUGGCUACCGUAGCAAGGGCAACAAAGCGAAUGUGCAGAUCAGAAGCGAAUAUAAACGCACCCAGGGGAAGCCUAAUCGUUGUGUAAUCAAGCUGGGGAUACCAAACCGAAGCGCGCAUAACACAGGUGUUACUCCCCCGAGUGGAAAAAAAAUGUUAUAUUUUAAGAUCGUUUGUAAAAAUAUGGUGAUUGAAUUUUUAUUCCUCAGUGAGGAAGAUCAAGAAGUACACAAAUCAUCGGCCCCCAUGGUUGGGGAGCCCUCGCAUUGCUCAUUAUUACUCCCUAUCAAGAGUAUAGGCAAAAGUGUCAUUAGGAACCUCCCCAAAUGGGGUGAGGAUUCUACGACCUACUGCAUUAGCAACAGCGGAGGUGACAACAGUGGGAAUAACUAUUCCGGUGCAUAUUCAAACGGCAAUUGCCGAGGUGACACUUCCAACGGGGGAGGCAGCACGAAUAACUAUGGUGGCAUGAAAGGUUCCGGAGGCAGCGGAGGCGGCCUUGGGGGUGCAGGAGGAAGUGGCGACAAUAACGGGGAGAACAACAACAACAAUAAUAACAAUCACAAUAAUAACAGGGAUGCGUUCCACGACCCGGAGGACGACGAGCAGGGCAACACGAAUGACAACAAAAACGGCGGUAGUAACAUGGACAAAGGAAGGAACGCCAUUAACAUGCACGAAAUGAAGAUGAACGAUGUGAAUCUUAUGUAUGGCAAUCACGAAAAGGACAGUGCAAACAACAUGAUGAAUGGAAAUUACGUUGACAGCAAUGCAGGGAAUUUAGAAAAUGCUUACAAAAAUGAAAACAGUGCUGGUGGGAAUCAUCUUAACACAGCAGGAAAAGGCGACCCCUUUUUUGAGAAUGGAGAAAAUAACAAAGCGAUUGGGAUGCUUAGAAGUGCAUCGAACAGCUUAAUGAACAAGGGGGGAGGAGGGGUCCCUGCAGAGAUGAGCAAUUCGAAUGUGAAUUAUAUGCCCCACAUGAAUGGUCAGAAUGGGAAGGGCGGCACGGGCAGCGGCAUGGGCAGCGGCAUGAACAGCGGCAUGGCUUCCCCCUCGGGCGGAAUGAACAACCCAAGGAUGAACAACGUGUCCCCGAAUCAAAUGAUGAAUUUCCCAAGUAUGUUUAUGGGAGCGAACAUGCUACCAUCAUAUGGGGCUCAAAACGGCAUGCAUAAUAGCAUGAGUAGCACUAAUGGGGGUGGAGCAGACCCCUUGGAUAAUAUGCAAAAUGUGAAACAGCCAGCGCCAGCAGGAGGAGUGUUGAAGCACAAGCACAACCAGUUCAUGUCCCCAGGGCAAAAUGCAGGAGAUACCAAAAUGACCAACUCACAGCAGCAUAGCAGUACGAGCAGCAGCAGCAGUAGUAUGCCCCCAAAUAAUUUCAUUCCCAAUCAACUACACCAGCAGUUUCAAAUUCAACAACAGAUGCAUUUACAGCAUUUAUUUCAUCAGCAAAAUAUUCACCCCUAUAAUAUGAUGCAGCCAAAUAACCCUUCGAAAUUUCCAACUCAACAGGGUUCCCAGAAACAGUCAAAUGCUUCUAUCCUGAAAAUGCCUCAGAUGUUACCCAUGAAUUCACCUGACCGGAGGAGCAACUCCAUUUCGCAGAAGAUGCCUAGGCAUGUAAUGAACCCGAUGGAUUCCUCUAGCAAUUCUCAAAGGAGUGCCAACACAUCCAGCAUGUCCUCCAUGACCAACCCGUCGAGUCAUGUAAAUCCUAUGUCGUUGAAAUAUCCCUACAAGAAUAGCAGCACGUCGCAGCAUAUGAGCAGCUCCAGUAGUAGUAACAACAAUAGCAGUAGUAACAGCGGGAACAACAACGCGCAGCAGAACCACCCCCAUGCGGUGAGUUCCCAGCAACACCAGCAGCUGCAGCAACAGCACGGCAUGCAAAAUUCGAUGAGCAACAUGAACCACAGUGUGGGCCUCAACAUGAGUCAUAACAUGACCAACAAACAGAACAUGCAACAGAGCAUGCAACAGGGCAUGCUGCCGGGGUCGCACCUUCUUCCGACCAAGCAGAUUUCACAGCAGCUGCUAAUGCAGUCGCCGGGUUCGUCCAACCAGUCGAACAAGGCGGUGCCCCAACUGUUUCAGCACCAGCCGAGCAUGCAGCAGGGCAUGCAACAGAACGUGCAGCACCAACAGAACGCCCAGCAGCAGAUGGGCGCAACGCCCAAAAGCAUGAGCACGACGAGCAUAUCCGGCUCGAUCAACAGACAGCCCAGUCACGUGUCCUUCUCGCAUGUUCCUCUGAACCAGCAAAACAUGCCUCCAUUCAUGCAUGGCAACCCCAUGCACAUGUACCAGCAGCAGCCCCCCUUUUUCCCGAGAGCAUCAUCAACUCCGCAGCACAUGGGUCCCCAACAGCUUUCUUACGAGUGGAUGCACAGUCCCUACAUGCAGCAUCAGUACAUGCUUCAGCAGUGCCAGUUGACUCCUCAGCAAUUGUUCCUGCAGCAGCAAAAGCAGCAGAGUAUGUUGCACCACGCACAGCAAAACGUGCCACCACUGCACCUGCACGCGCAGAAGCAGGGACUCUCACAGAUGCAGCAGAACAUGGCCUACCCACAACAUCAACAGCAACAACUGCACCAUCCGCAGCAACAAAUGCAGAUGAAUAAUAUGGCGAAUCUACCCCAACACAUGAGAAUGAACCCACCACAACAUGCUAAUAUGCCAUUCAAGCAGAAUGUAGCACAACCAUUUCCACACAUGUUUAAGGAUAAUAUUAUUCCAUCAAGUACCAAUUUCGAGUUUAUGGAGAAUAUAAAUGAUAUGCAAAGAAUGGGAUCCUCUUUGAAGGGUCACAUAUUGGAUGUUAAUAGCAGCAAUAAUAUGUCAUCAGAAGGAGCGAUUGAAGAAGACAUUUUCGACAGCAAUUAUCACUGUGAUAUAUGUAAUAAAGAUAUAACACAUGCGAUUAGAAUAAGGUGUGCCGAGUGUGUAGAUUUCGACCUAUGUGUAAAUUGCUUUAGUAGUGGAAAAGAAAUGAAAUCUGAAAAAUGUGAACAUUACAACUAUCACAAUUAUAUACCUAUACCAAAGUAUGACUUCCCCUUGUAUAAGUUGAACUGGAGUGCAGAAGAGGAGCUGUUACUACUAGAUGGGAUAAGUAAAUAUGGUUUUGGGAACUGGGAACAAGUAGCUGAUUUGGUUAAUUCUGUUGCGAAAAUUGCCAAGACGGAUAGAGAGUGUGAAAAACAUUACUAUAAUUUUUACCUUAAAUCGAACUGUGCACCGUUACCCGAUAAUAAAAGGUUACUAAUAAAACCCGAUGGAAAUCCAUACGACAUUGAACACGUGACAGAAAAAGAUAUGAACGAAAAUGAGGAUUAUGUACAACCCAAGUCGAAGAAGAAUAACAGGACACAAAUUAUUGGGUACUGGCCACUAAGAGGAGAUUUCGAUAUUGAGUAUGAUAACGAUGCGGAAUUGUUAUUAGCUGAUAUGGAAUUUAAAGAAUCAGAUUUGCCUCAACAGAAGGAGCUAAAACUGCAAGUGCUUGAAAUUUAUAACUCCAAAUUGGAUGAAAGAAUUUACAGAAAAAGGACCGUUAUUGAGAGGGGCCUGUUGGAUACCAAGUCACAAAUGCAGAGGGAUAAGAAAAGGACGAAGGAGGAAAAGGAAUUGUACACUGCAUUGAAGCCGCUAUCCAGGUUUCACUCCCCGCAACACCACGAAUAUUUCAUUCAGUUACUGCUGGAGGAGCAGAAGCUCCGUCAAAGGUUGACCAAACUGCAGGAGUGGAAAACGCUUGGCCUGCAAAACAUCGAACAAGUGCAGGAGUAUGAAAUUGAAAAGAACAGGAGGGCCAAGGAAGCAGUCAAACAGCAGCAGCAGCAACAGCAGCAACAACAACAGCAACAACAGCAGCAGCAACUACAGCAACAGCAACAGCAACAGCAGCAACAGCACCAGGAACAGCCAGAAAAGGUAGACACGAAAGCCCUGAAGAGUAACAAAAAGGAAUGCAAAAUUAAACAAAAAGAGGAGGAAGAAAUGGAAGAUAGCAAAAAAUUAAACAUAGAUACCUUUGUCGAACUGGAUCUGCUGAACGAGAAGGAAGUUGAAUUUUGUAAAAAUAUGAAACUCCCCAUUUUAUUUUUCCUUCUCAUUAAGAGGUUACUAAUAAUGGAAAUUAGCAAUAGCAAUUUGAAUAUGCUAAAGGAUAUCAACGAACUCAAGCUGAAGGGUUACAAGGUGGGCCAACUUUACGACUUCUUCCUCAGCUUUGACAUUAAUCAGAAGGAGGAACUCCUAAACAGCAACGGAAAUGGCAACCUUAAAAAUUCAUACAUAAGAAAGAACGAAGAUAAGAGACGAAAACUCAGAACGAAUUAUGACUGCAACAGUUUUAAUCGAUCUGAUAAGGUGGAGAUGGAUGACCCGAAUGACAAUGGCGGCAAUGCUGGUGGCGCAGCCAACAACGCGGGGAACAACUAUGCAGGAGGACCAAACGGUGGGGCAAUUUGCAGCCCUAGUGGCAUCACCAGUGCCGUCACAGGUGCCGCUUCCGGUGCCACUGCAAAUGGUAGUGGCAUCCCUACGGUGAAAGCUGAGAUGCUCAAUGAAAAUGCGGGAAUCAUCCUGCCGGUGAAUGAGGAGAGCACAACCAUUCUGAAUGAACCCACCUCAACCGGUGACCCACUAAAUGAUAAGGAUCUACCGACGAGCACCCAAUCAGUGGGAAAAACGGACGAAAACGACAAUAUAGAAGACCCCACCGAUAAAGAAAAAAGCGCAAUGAGUAGCACUCCUGUAAGUGUACCCGAUGGAACAGCUACUACCAUCAGGGACAAAAAAUCCAGAGAGAGAAAAGUAAAGAAAGAAAGAGACGAGAAGAUGACACAGCAGUUGAUAACUUCCAAAGAAUCCGAAAUGGUGAGUAGCCCUCCCAAGGAAGUGAGUCCAAUGAGCUCAGAAAUUUUAACCGCUAGUCAAAAGAAAAAAACCAACGUGAAAAAGAAAGGAAGUACUAGUACAGUCACAACCCUAGAGGGGGAAAAAACUGAGAACGCGCAAAAUUUGGGAGGCCUUGAACAGGCCACGGGAGAAGAAGAAAACAAGGGGACCAAGGAAAUUGUGCACGACAAGAAAGAAGUAGAAAACAAAAUGAAUGAAGCAAAGUGUAGCGAGGUAGAAGAAGUGCCCUCCAGCGGUGCAACACCUGGGGAGGCUAUCCCCGGGGGAGAAAAAAAAUCUACCGAUGUGAAUGCGCCCAGCCUGUACGACGAAGAAGAUAAAGAGGUGGAGGAAGACUAUGGUGACCUGGAUGACGAUGGAGAUGAUAGAGAAACAAACGCAGACGUAGACGCAGAUGAAAAUGAAAAAAAAAGUAAAAAGAAAAGCACAAAAAAGAAAACAGAAAGUAAAGAAGAAAGCUCAGAUUUAGUUAGCACAAUGACAAUGAAGACAAGUAUAGGGGAUAGCAAUUCUACGAAUGAGAUAUUCAGAAAUUCAAAUAAUUCGAGGAGAAAAUCGGUGGAGAAAAUGAAGGAAACUUCAUCACAAAUUAGAAGUAACAGCCAAAGUAAGAAAAAAACGGGGGAAGUAAAUAUAAGUGAAGAGAAGGAAAUGUGCACUAGUGGCAUAAUUAACAACGCAGACCAUUCGUCGGGAAAGUUGAAAAAAGGCGCUCCAAAGAUCGAUGAGAGUCUUAGCAGUGAAAUUUUUGAAAACACAUCCAAAAAACGAAGUAACAGCAAAUCCAAGAAAAGUAGUGAUUACGAUUUGAGUAGAAAUGAGUCGAGAGUGAGCAGCCAUUUUGAUCUAGAAAAUGAAAAUAGUUGUGUCGAAACAUUUGAUUCCAGCUUAGAAGUGGAUGGAAAAUUAUCCAAAGGGAAAAAGCUGAGCACCCCACCCCCGUCUUCUUUAUCCAUAUUGAGUAAGAAUGACAAGAACAGACGUAGCAAAGCAAAGAGUGACAACUUGAUCACGGAGCUUGCAUCUUCCAGCGUUGAUACAAAGGAUAACGACAGAAGUGACAGGAAGGCCAAAACGGCUGACGACAGUUUAAAGAAGUCGUCGAAGAAGAGAAAGGGCUCCACCAGUUUGGUUUCCUCGUCGACGAAGAAAUCCAUGAAGAUGUGA